AGAAACUAUAUUAGUGCUAUAAAUAUGUCAUAAAGGAAAACCCCAUUUCCAGUAAACAGUUUUGUAUAUAGUACUGUUUCUCUAAUGGCGCCCAAAACACCUUCUCUUCCUCUUUAUGAAGUAAAGUAUCGAAAAAACAUAAUAUCAAGAGGAAUAGAACUCUUCAUCCUUUUCCUUUUGUUCUCACUCUUGGCUUAUAGAUUCAUCUGUCUAAAAUACCAUGGUUUCCAAUGGUUAUUGGCUGUUAUAUGUGAGUCGUGGUUCACUUUCCUUUGGAUUAUCACCAUCAGCACAAAAUGGAGUCAAGUUGAACCAAAAACAUAUCCUCGACGCCUUUUGGAAUGGACCUCGGAGUUUCCUGCCGUGGACAUGUUUGUUACCACUGCAGAUCCCGUCCUAGAACCGCCUCUUAUAACCAUAAACACGGUGUUAUCAUUGUUAGCAGUGGAUUAUCCGGCUAAUAAGCUAGCUUGUUAUGUCUCGGACGAUGGUGCAUCAAUUGUAACCUAUUAUUCACUUGUUGAAGCAUCAAAAUUUGCUAAGCUUUGGGUUCCUUUUUGUAAGAAGUAUAAUAUUGCCCUUAGAGCCCCUUUUCGAUAUUUUAGUGGUAACUCAUCACCACCACAAGAUAGUUCACAAGAAUUCCUAGAAGACUGGAAGAGAAUGAAGGAAAAGUAUAAACAGCUGUGUGAAAAGAUAGAAGAUGCUAGCAGUCAAGAACCAGAGGCAUGUGAUUUUGCAGGAGAUUUUGCUGUUUUCUCAAAUAUCGAACGCAAAAAUCAUCCAACCAUUAUAAAGGUAAUAUGGGAGAACAAGGAGGGUCUUGCUGAUGAUUUGCCUCAUCUUGUGUACAUCUCGAGAGAGAAACGUCCAAAGCAUCCACAUCACUUCAAAGCCGGCGCCAUGAAUGUUUUGACUAGAGCGUCUGGAGUGAUGACAAAUGCACCAUUCAUGCUAAAUGUGGAUUGUGACAUGUACGCAAAUAACCCACAAGUUGUACUACAUGCCAUGUGUUAUUUUCUUGGUGCUAAGGAUGAAAAAGAUUGCGGUUUUGUUCAAUUUCCACAGUACUUCUACGAUGGUUUAAAAGAAGAUCCUUACGGAAAUCAAUUAAAAGUCUUACACGAGUAUUUGGGAAGAGGAAUUGGUGGCAUUCAAGGGCCAUUUUAUCAAGGAACAGGAUGUUUCCACAGAAGAAAAGUUAUAUAUGGCUUGUCACCAGAUGAUAAAAUAUCUGCUGGAGAAUUGAAGGAUGAGUAUCUACAGAAAAUUUAUGGAAAAUCAGAGAAGUUAUCAGCAUCAGUUGCUAAGACUCUCUCAGGAGGAGCAAAUAUUAUUGAGCAAGUCAAUUCAAAUUCUCUCUCCAGUUCCAUUGAAAUAGCACAUCAAGUUGGAAGCUGUGGAUAUGAUUUUGGCACAGGAUGGGGUCAAAAGCUGGGCUGGCUAUAUGGUACUGCAACAGAGGAUGUCUUAACUGGACUCUUUAUCCAAGGAAAGGGCUGGAGAUCCGCCUACUGCAUACCCGACCCGCCUGCUUUUCUUGGAUGUGCACCUUCAGGUGGGCCUGCUUCAAUGAUCCAACAGAAGAGAUGGUCUACUGGGCUAUUUGAAAUUCUUUUCUGCAGUAAAAGCCCAAUUAUUGGAACCAUCUUUGGGAAGCUUCAAUUGAGACAAUGCAUGGCUUAUUUGUAUAUCCAUCUAUGGGCCUUGAGAUCCAUAUUUGAAGUUUGUUAUGCCAUUCUGCCUGCCUAUUGCCUCAUCACCAAUUCCAGAUUUUUACCCAAGGCAAGUGAAUCAAGUAUGGUUAUACCAGCAUCAAUCUUUAUCAUCUACAACGUAUGGUUUAUUAUAUGUUCAAAUGAGCCAAUAGAAGCAUGGUUGAACAACCAAAGAAUGUGGAGGGUCAGUAUGAUCGCAUGGCUAUUUGGGAUUCUAAGUGGUAUAACAAAGUUAUGGACUUUACAAGCAUAUUGUUUAUCAAAAAAGGACCAGGGAAAUGAUCGAGAUGACACAGAUAACUCCAAUAUUGGAAGGUUCACAUUUGAUGCCCCAAUUUUUGUGCCUGGCACUCCAAUUCUCUUAUUGAACCUUGGUUCCUUGUUCAUUGGAGUGCUAGAUUUCAAAAAAGGAAAUCUUGAAUGGGGAUUAGGAGAAGUUAUAUGCAUUAUGUGGGUACUUUUUAUAUUUUGGGCAUUCUUAAAGGGGUUGUUUGCUAAAGGGAAAUAUGGGAUUCCAACACCAACUAUUCUCAAGUCAGGGGCAUUGGCAUUGUUGCUAAUCCAUCUUUUCAAAUUUACCAAUAAAUUUUAAGUAGUAGUAAAGUUUAGAUGUUAAUUUUGAAUGUUCAAAAUUCAAUAGCAUAGAUGAGUUUAAUUAAGGGUUGUUUGAAAGAGCAUCUUGUAAUUGGAUUCACUUUUUAAAUGAAGACAGGUUUUGUA